GCCCUCCCCACUGCCCCCCCAGCUCCCCGACCCGGGCGCCCCGCCCGGCCGGCUCCUCACCCACCCCAGCCGCGACUGUCUCCGCCGAGCCCCCGGGGCCAGGUGUCCCGGGAGCGCCACGAUGCGGCCGCGGCUGUGGCUCCUCUUGGCCGCGCAGCUGGCAGUUCUCCAUGGCAACUCAGUCCUCCAGCAGACCCCUGCAUACAUAAAGGUACAAACCAACAAGGCGGUGAUGCUGUCCUGCGAGGCUAAAAUCUCCCUCAGUAACAUGCGCAUCUACUGGCUGAGACAGCGCCAGGCCCCGAGCAGUGACAGUCACCACGAGUUCCUGGCCCUCUGGGAUUCUGCAAAAGGGACUAUCCACGGUGAAGAGGUGGAACAGGAGAAGAUAGCUGUAUUUCGGGAUGGAAGCCGGUUCAUUCUCAAUCUCACAAGCGUGAAGCCGGAAGACAGUGGCAUCUACUUCUGCAUGACCAUCGGGAGCCCUGAGCUGACCUUCGGGAAGGGAACUCAGCUGAGUGUGGUUGAUUUCCUUCCCACCACUGCCCAGCCCACCAAGAAGUCCACUCCCAAGAAGAGAGUGUGCCGGUUACCCAGGCCGGAGACCCAGAAGGGCCCACUUUGUAGCCCCAUCACCCUUGGCCUGAUGGUGGCUGGCGUCCUGGUUCUGCUGGUUUCCCUGGGAGUGGCCAUCCACCUGUACUGCCGGCGGAGGAGAGCCCGGCUUCGUUUCAUGAAACAAUUUUACAAAUGAGCAGAGAAUACGGUUUUGGUGUCCUGCUACAAAAAGACAUCGGUCAGUAACAAGCACGAUGUGGAAAAAUGAGAGAAGGGACACAUUCGACCCUGGAGAGUUCAAUGGCUGCUGAAGCUGCCUGCUUUUCCCUGCUGCAAGGCCUUUCUAUGUGUGACGUGCAUGGGAGCAACUUGUUCGUGGGUCAUCGGGAAUACUAGGAAGAAGGCUUCAUUGCCCCCAGGGCACUUCACAGAGUGUGCUGGAGGACUGAGUAAGAAAUGCCACCCAUGCCACCGCUUCUGGCUCCUGUGCUUUCCCUGAGCUGGGACCUUUAGUGGUGGCCAUUUAGCCACCAUCUUUGCAAGUUGCUUUGGGUAACAUUGGGUCCUGGGUCUUUCAUGGGGUGAUGCUGGGCUGGCUCCCUCUUGGUCUUCCCAGGCUAGGGCUGACCUUCCUCGCAAAGAGGCCAGGUGCAGAUCGGGAAUGAGGCUUGCUGAGAGGGGCUGUCCAGUUCCCAGAAGCCAUGUCAGUCUCUGAGGGCUUCCUUUGGGGCCGGGAACUUGCGGGUUUGAGGAUAGGAGUUCACUUCAUCUUCCACUUGUAAGUUUCUCAGCUCCCAUUUCUACUCUCCCAUGGCUUAAUUCUUCUUUCAUUUUCUGUUCUUUUUAUACAAAUGUCUUAGUUGUACAAAUAAAGUCCCAGGUUAACGAUAACAAACGGCUCCUGUGACAUAAACGUGCGAAAGCUCAUCUACAGCAAAGAUAUCAAUGCUCAGUGGAACAGAAACCAUAAGGAUAAAAUUUGUACAUCCUCCUUUUGCACCUGAGAUCCUCAUUUGCCCGACGUUGUAGGUGUGGACAGUCCUAGAUAGGCUAGGAAGCGCCCAGGGCACCCAGAGCCAGGUUGCAGGUGCCUCAGGCCCAUCUCCCAGCCCACUCCCAAGCUGAACUAGCACGUGUUCAUUUCUACCGUGGGUUGAACCCUGGUAGGAAUCCCUGGCUUCAAGUCAGGCACGCACCAAAGAGAAGGUAGGAGGCAUGAGGGGUUCUGUCACGUGUCCCUUCAUUUUCUUGUCGAUUCUUAGCCUUGACGGUUGGAGAAGGAAAAAGCAAGGAGAAAGUGCUAAGCAAGAGUGGAGAGUGAAGAGCAGGACCUCGUGUCUGAGUUUGAAAAAGUGCCUGAGUCCCAUCUUAGCCGGCCCCUACCUGAGCUUUAGCAGCCUAGGAGCUAUCGCACCAUAAAACACUGCAACCUGAGGCUGCAUUAACAGAAGCACCAUGUCCAGGUCCAAGGAGAAUCCACCCUCACCUGGUUUUCCUGGCCAGCUCAAAGAAGGACAUUGACAAAUCGGUUAUGUUCAGUUACCUGUGACAACCACAGAAUGUAAGAAAUGUUACAGAAAAACAGGAAAGGAAAGACAACUCUGGGGAAGGGGCAGUGCAACCUUCUCCUGGCAUCUGGGGUGUGGCCGCAGCAGAAUGAGGUGUGGUGGGUGGAGUUAGUAAGGCAUAGAUGCAGUGUUACUGGAAGGAGGGCCUUGAGUGUAAGUUGUCCAGGUCCUUGGCAUUUUGAACAAAGAAUUGAACAAAACACACAAAGUAAUAAAGGAAUAAAAGC